CUGAACUGAGGCUGAACACUGAGGACACAUGGAGGCUGUGGUUGGACUGUUGAUGCUGCUGCUGGGAGUCUCUCAUGCUGUGGAAACCUUCUGUGAUGGCAGACAGGAUGGAGCUCAGUGUUACGCAGCUCUGGGAGGAACCGUGGUUCUCCAACUCAUGACUUCAGCAUCACACAGAUUUAGAUACCAAUGGGUCAAAAGUGAAACAUUAGAAAUUCUUUAUUUGAAAAAGAAUGUGGUUGUGGAAAAUAAAUUAGAAAGCAGAUCCUCCUUUACUCCCAGUAAUGGAACAUUUAGGAUCAGCAACAUCAGCAGGACUGACGAUGCUGAAUACACCUUUAAGGUCUUUGAUUCAGACUCAGGAAUGCAGACAGAAAAACGAAAACUAAAGAUGUCCAUUCAAGCCCCAGUAUCGUCUCCCCUGCUGGCCUCUGAGUGUCUGUCCCAGGGAGAGGUGAGGGUGUCCUGCUCCUCUGAGGAGGGCGACAGUCCUCAGUACAGCUGGACUCUGGAUGGACACACACUGAUGGACAGCCAGCUCCUCUCUGCUAAUGAGGACAACAAGGAGAUCACUCUGAAACCAGGCGUGUCAGGACAGCUCGUCUGCUCCGUCAACAAUCACGUCAGUAGUGCCGCUGCAAACAAGAUGAUAUCACAGUGUGCAGGAACAGGGAUUAUCCUGCGCAUAGCUGCUUCUUUGGCAGUGAUGUUAUUUCUGUUGGUCCUCGUGGUGAGAGUCCACUGUGCUCCGACGACAAAGACAAACAAGAAAGGCCAAGACAGUGAAGAUGACCAGGAUGUGAACUACAUAAAUAUCAGGAUGGCAGAUCUUCAGGGGAGACAGAGGGCUCAUGUCGGUGAUGAGGAGAUCAACUCUUCAGUGUUUACAGAGGCUGUGUAGGCACACAGACUUCUGACCUGCUUACACAUUAAGAUGUUUGCCUAAAUUCAAAGGUGUGCUCCCAGAUAUUGCUAUUUGGGAGUGUACUGUUGUUGUUAUUAUUGUUGUUGUUAUUUCAUCAUAUUUCACACUCCUCUGGCGUUUUGCUAACAUUAAACUGCCUGUUGAGUUAACAGAAUCAGUGUAAGCCGUUAUAUCACCUCUUUAAAGUAUAGGCUACUUAACUCAAUAUUUUAAUAUUAUUUUGUUUUUAACCAUUUAUGAUUAGCCUUUUUAACCUUUUAGUGACUCUGUAUUUUUACUCAUUUUUAUUCUCAAUUUUAUCAUUACUCUUUUUUUUUAUCUUACAAAGCUUGUUUUUAAAGCACUCUGUAAACGUAUUUUGUGCAAAUCAAGUACAUGUUUGUAAUUACUGACAGUUUUAUGUUAUUUUCACUUUGUGUUGUCAUACUAGUAGUAGUGCAUUUUAGGUCAGAUGUAUUGAACAGUAAGCAAUACUUAUCAUGAGUGUCAUCAAUACAUUUGGUAACACUUUACAACAAUAACACAUAAAUUAAGCAUAUGUUCCUAAUUCCACUGAUGUGCAUUUUCUAAGGAUUAAAAGAUCAAGAAUUAAUGACAUUCCUAUUUGAACUAAUAAUUUUUGUUCUAAAGUGCUUAUUUCUCAUGAGCUGCCAGUUCUCAUUAAAUCCAUUAAAUGAUGUAUUUAUUAGCAUUUAAGGUCAUGUGCUUGAGCUGCUAGCCCUCUGCCACUGGGUGCUGCACAUCCCCCUACUGAGUUACAGGGACGUGCUCUGCCAAAUAAAGUCAAGACAUGAUUAUAUGUGUGACAGGGAACGCUGUCCUCUUGAACACAGCGCAGGAGGAAUCGCACUCCUGACCUGUCCCUGAACUGUAGGCAGGUAUAUCAUCCUGUCAUGGCGGCCUGAAGCUCCACAGUGUUUUUGUGUGCCAGUUUUCUGUGUUGUGUCUCUGCUUGAUGGCUGAUUGUGCU